CUGACUCCGGACCGCGGCACGGCGCGGCGGCUUGCGCUCGUCUGGGGCGUCCACUGCGUCCACACCGACGAUGCCACCGGAUUCACCGACAUGGUGGAGAGGGCGUGCGCCCAGGCGCUCGAUGCCGGCCACGCUGCGCCGGGCGAGCGCAUCGUCAUCACCGCCGGCGUCCCCUUCGGCACGCCGGGCACGACCAACGUGCUCAGAAUCGCUCGGGUCCAGCGUUCGGAAGAGAAAUCGGGGACGCGCGCUUGA